AUUUUAUAUGCAAUAAUUGUGAUAAUAGUCGACAAUUUAUAUUAUAAUUAUAUCCCCCCUGAAGAGGAUUUAUACAUAUGCCAAAAAUCCUGGUCAGAGGACCAACUUGAAGAAGUAAUUUCCAGGAGUUCUGUUUUCCCUGAGUUAUGGAGCUCCAAUAUUCGUUAUCCCUUACCAUUUUCCUCAUCAUCUUCUCCUUGUUUUGGUUCGUAAAACAAAGCAGGUUUUCAAAAAAGUUCCCUCCAGGUCCUUGGAAGCUACCUGUUAUAGGGAAUUUACACAACUUGGUAGGUUCACUACCGCACCAUGCUCUCCGCGAACUAGCCAGGAAACAUGGACCUUUCAUGCACCUACAAUUGGGCCAAGUUUCUCAAGUAAUUAUAACAUCGCCAAGGAUGGCCAGAGAGAUCAUGAAAACACAUGACCUUUGCUUCGCACAGAGGCCUCAACUUGUUGCCACUCAAGUGUUGACUUUUGGUGGCUCAGAUAUUGCUUUUGCUCCAUAUGGAGAUUACUGGAGGCAGAUACGAAAAGUGUGCGUUAAAGAACUUCUAAGCGUCAAGAGGGUUCAGUCUUUUUCUUCUAUUCGAGAAGAUGAGGUUUGGAACCUUAUUCAAACUAUUCGCUCAUCUGCAGGGCCAAUCAAUUUUACUGAAAAGCUUUUCUCUUUAGCAAGCUCCAUAACAUGCAGAACAGCAUUUGGUAACAAACGCCAAAAUCAGGAUGAAUUUAUAUCGCUGGCAGAGGAAGGAAUAUCAUUGACAGGAGGAUUUGAUUUAGCCGAAUUUUUUCCUUCAAAUAAGUUUCUUCAAAUGAUAAGGUGGAGAGCAACCAAUAAGUUAAAGAAGGUUCACUGCAAGGCCGAUCAGAUUCUGGAAAAUAUCAUCUAUGAACACAGACAGAGACAGAUGACAGAAAAAAACGGUGAGGAUGAAAGUACGCCGAGGGAGGAAGAUCUGGUUGAUGUUCUGUUACGACUUCAGCAAAGUGGUGGUAUUGAAUUUGCAAUCACAACUGACAACAUAAAAGCUGUGAUUUGGGACAUUUUCAGUGCUGGAACUGAUACCUCAUCAACAACAGUGGUGUGGGCAGUGUCAGAAUUAAUGAAACACCCAAAAGUGAUGGAGAAGGCACAAGCUGAGGUAAGAAAACUCUGCCAAGGAAAUAAAAGACUGAUCCAUGAGGACGAUAUUCAGAAAUUGAGCUAUUUGAAGUUGGUGAUCAAAGAAACUCUAAGGCUACACCCUCCUGUUCCCUUAUUGCUUCCUAGAGAAUGCAGGGAGGCCUGCAAAAUUGAUGGCUAUGAAAUCCCAUUAAAAACGAGAGUCAUCGUGAAUGCGUGGGCGAUUGGAAGAGAUCCAGAGUAUUGGAAUGAUGCUGAAAGCUUCAUACCAGAAAGGUUUGGUGGAAGUUCCAUUGAUUAUAAGGGCACAGACUUUGAAUAUAUUCCUUUUGGAGCAGGAAGAAGGAUGUGUCCUGGCAUAGCAUUUGGGAUGGCAAAUGUUGAGCUUCCUCUUGCUAAUCUACUCUACCACUUCAACUGGAAACUUCCCACUGGAAUACAACCAGAGAAUCUGGACAUGACUGAAGCGUUUGGAGCUACUGUUGGAAAGAAAAACGAUCUCUAUUUGAUUGCCACCCCUUUUGCCUCUUCACCACUCUCAUGAAUUUGAACGACGAAACACAAAUUAUUAGACGUCUUAUUUAUGUCAUUAUGCCGUCGAUUAUAAGCUUGAAAAUAGUUCUAAGAAGAACAAUAGAUAGAUACAUAUCCUUCUCACAUACAAUUAUAAUGUAAUAGCAGUUAAAAUUCUAGUCUAGAGACCUUCCGAUGAACCCUUUCGGCUUGUAUUUUAUUUUUUUUCAUGCAUGUUUUAAUCUCUAAUUCCUUGAACAUGUAUUCAUUAUAAGA